AUGGCGUCACUGCGAUUGUUCUCCACGAAUCAUCAAUCUCCGCUUCUUCAAUCUUCGCUCUUCUCAAAACCCCUAGUAGCGUCACCACGAUUCGUCAAAAACCCUAGCAGACGGAGUCCAAUACGAUCCGUUCUUCAGUUUAAUCGCAAACCGGAGCUCGCCGGAGAAACGCCGCGUAUCGUUGUUAUCACCUCCGGAAAAGGUGGUGUUGGAAAGACGACUACCACCGCCAAUGUCGGUCUCUCUCUCGCUCGUUACGGCUUCUCAGUCGUCGCCAUUGACGCGGACCUUGGUCUCCGUAACCUCGAUCUCCUCCUAGGGUUAGAGAAUCGAGUCAAUUACACCGUCGUGGAGGUUCUCAACGGAGAUUGCCGGCUCGACCAGGCUCUGGUACGCGAUAAGCGUUGGUCGAAUUUCGAAUUGCUAUGUAUAUCGAAACCUAGAUCAAAACUUCCAAUGGGAUUUGGUGGAAAAGCAUUGGAAUGGCUUGUAGAUGCUCUAAAAACUAGACCUGAAGGUUCUCCAGAUUUCAUCAUCAUCGAUUGUCCUGCAGGAAUCGAUGCUGGAUUCAUAACUGCCAUUACUCCGGCAAAUGAAGCUGUCUUGGUUACAACUCCGGACAUAACAGCGCUUAGAGAUGCAGAUAGAGUCACGGGUUUGCUCGAAUGCGACGGAAUCCGAGAUAUAAAGAUGAUUGUGAACCGAGUAAGAACUGAUAUGAUCAAAGGAGAGGAUAUGAUGUCUGUGUUAGAUGUUCAGGAGAUGUUGGGUUUGUCAUUGCUCGGUGUGAUUCCUGAAGAUUCCGAGGUUAUACGAAGCACGAAUCGAGGUUUUCCGCUUGUUCUGAACAAGCCACCGACGCUUGCCGGAUUGGCGUUUGAGCAGGCAGCUUGGAGACUAGUGGAGCAAGAUAGUAUGAAGGCUGUUAUGGUGGAAGAAGAGCCUAAGAAACGUGGUUUCUUCUCUUUCUUUGGUGGUUGA